CACACCUCUUCCAACCUUUUCCACAGAUACAUAUAGAAAACAGUGUAUCUCGAGUCUUGAACCAUAUCAUGGCGAUCAACAGUGGUAGCAUCCGAGCAAUGACACUAGUGAUUGUGAUCAUGUCCUCAGUGCUGGUCACGGCGCAGGUGCAUGCAGCGUUGACGUGCAAUCAAGUGUAUGAUGCACUGAAGCCAUGCAUCAGCUACGUGCUCAAGCCCAACGGGUCGGUGCCGAAGGCGUGCUGCGACGGGAUAAGUGGGCUUGUUAAGAAGGCAGCGACGACAGAGGACCGUCGCAUGGCUUGUAGCUGCCUGAAUAGCGCCGCAAAGAGCGCCGGCCGGAACGUAGACCUUGGCCCCAUCAGCUCCAUCCCGGAUAAAUGCAACCUUUCCAUCCCUUUCAAGAUCAGCGCCAAUGCUGACUGCUCCAAGGUGAACUGAGAGACAUGUUUUUAGAAUCCGAGGAGCCAUACAUAUAAUACUCCAGUAGAACAUUGUGUCAGAAUAAGUGGGUGUGGAGGUUAUUGGAAAUGAAGAAAAAUGUCACCAUGUCUUUGUACUAUUUGUGUUACUUUAUUGUACUUUUUCUCUUAAAUGACCUCUUCAAUCAGCUAUUAUAAUUUAUUU